GAACCUCCGGGAAACCGGCCCCUCCCACCGGCUGUUUUCUGGCCCCCUGCGGCCCAUCGGGCCUCCCUGGUUCGGGACAAGGACCAGGCGGAGCCAAUCAGAAUAAUGUUCAUCACCAACGUCUUGGAGAACCUGAAGGUUUAUGUCAGCAGCCGGCCUCCCCUUGUGGUCUUUAUGAUCAGCGUAAGCGCCAUGGCCAUCGCUUUCCUCACGCUCGGCUAUUUCUUCAAAAUCAAGGAGAUCAAAUCACCAGAAAUGACCGAGGACUGGAACACCUUUCUUCUGCGGUUUAAUGAUUUGGACUUGUGUAUAUCAGAGAACGAAACGUUGAAACACCUCUUAAAUGACACCACAACCCCCGAAAGCACAGUGACCAGCGGUCAAGCCCGCUCAUCCACGCAGUCGCCUCAGACCCUCGAAGACUCCGGACCCAUUAACGUCUCGGUGACAAUCACUCUGACCCUGGACCCCCUCAAGCCGUUUGGAGGCUACUCACGGAAUGUCACUCACCUUUGCUCCACCAUUUUUGGGCACCAGAUCGGACUUUCAGGAAGAGAAGCCCACGAGGAGAUCAAUAUCACGUUCACUCUACCCGCCGCCUGGAAUUCUGACGACUGCGUCCUUCACAGCCACUGUGAGCAGGUGGUGUUCACGACGUGCAUGACCGUCACGGCUGCCGCAAACGUGUUUCCCGUCACAGUGCAGCCCCCGCACUGCGUCCCCGAAACCUACAGCAAUGCCACCCUCUGGUAUAAGAUCUUCACGACGGCCAGGGACGCCGACACGAAGUACGCCCAGGAUUACAAUCCCUUCUGGUGUUACAAAGGGGCCAUUGGCAAAGUCUACCACGCUUUAAACCCCAAACUGACCGUCAUCGUUCCGGACGAUGAUCGCUCGUUAAUAAACCUGCAUCUCAUGCACACCAGUUACUUCCUGUUCGUGAUGGUGAUCACCAUGUUCUGCUAUGCAGUCAUUAAAGGGAGGCCCAGCAAACUGCGGCAAAGCAAUACGGAAUUCUGCCCCGAAAAGGCCUUCCCCCACGCCCCCAGCUGGCCCUUCGGUGCUUCAAGGUGACCCUGGCCGAGGCCUGACCCUGACCCUCCCCCUCCCCGUCCCCUCCUCUCCCCCGACCGGUGACCGAGAGAACCAUAAUCAAUGCCUGCUGAACCCAGCCGGGGUCUCGACACUCUGUGAAUACAUUAUCUCGCAACGUUGGGUCAUUCCAACCAAAGACAUUUCAAGUGCCUGUAAUUGAUCUGUACAUAUUUAUAAAAGUAUAUUCAGAAGCCGGGCCGACGACGCAUCGAAAACUCCCCUUCUUCCCCCGGCCGAAACGUCCGUGUAGAUUCCGUUAGGGGUACACGGGCGAGGCUGUCGGAGCCGGACACCUGGGGGUGAUGUCUGCAAGGGACUCCAAGGGAAUGGAUUCAUUGUGUCUGGGGGGGGGUGGUUUUGGGGGCGGAGGGUGGUUGGGGAGGGGGCGAGGGGUUCCAAAUGAUCUGUCUAGUGUGUCUGAAACCGUAUGCACCUUUGAUAUGAUAUUGCAUUUCCAGAAGGCCUCGUCCACUACCCAGAUUAGUGUGUCCGUGUGACCUUAUAACGCUAACCGACCACGAGGAUACCAAUACCGUCUCUCCAUUCCGCUCUUUGCUUGCGAGACCAAGACUACCGGUCUUUCUAGAUCUUUUUUUUUUUCCAUUUGUUUUUGUUUUGGGAAGGGAAAUGAAAAUACAUAGUCACAUUUUAAUACUGCUGUAGUUAGGACAGACUUGUGCUUUUAUCCUGAGUAAAAGAUGUAUAUUUAAAAAACAGACGCAGCCCUCUUUAAAAGUCAUCCCCACGGUCAGACGAUGAAGGGGGGUGGCGGGAAGGCGCAGGCGUGUACGGACACAGGGAGACAAGGCCCACUUUUGAGUUUUGCACAGAUCGUGCUGUCUGGUUCCUCUUCUUUCCAGCCGCUGCUCUCCCCUUGAACGGUGGUAUGGCGGCUUCCAGAAUUUGUGUGUUAUUUAUUGAGCGCUCGCUUUGGUGCCAAGCACUCCGUUAAGCGCUGAGGUAGAUCGGUUGGGACAUUAUCCCGCCCGGGCUUUUUUCUCAGGAAAACGGGCAGGGAGCAGAGUGAAAAUCAGUCCUGCCACCGCCAUUCAGGCUGGUGUGGAGCCAGGGGUAUAUCUGCCGAAGGAAAGAGAUUAGUCUGGCAAUUUUUGAUUGCCUCCGGAGAUGUUUCUGAAGGUCAGGAUUUUGAAGGUCAGACGGGAUGGGGUGGACGGGCUUGAGGGGGUUUGGGCCAGGUUCCCGUAAUUUGUCAUUGGAAGGAAAGCGACUCCUUGUGACGUGGCGAAAUUCACGAAUGGGAGGCGGAUGUUUUGGGAUGACCAUUUCCUUCCAGGAAAGGAAAGUGUAUUUUAACUACUGGCGGCGCUUUUUUGAUCUCCUUGACUCUUCCCCCCUUCCCCGUUCCCCCGCUCCCCCCUGGAACUUGAUUUGGGGUUUAACCCUCUUCUCUCUUCACCUGGCUCACUCGCUCACCAUGUUGUUGGGUUAUUUUUUGUUGUUGUUGUUCUGUUUUUUCCCCAUCCUCACAAGCCAGAAGUUGUUAAAAUAAACUUCCGGGGCCGCUUUGAAAAUGUCACUGGUUGCCUUAAUGACCUGUGGUGGUUGUCAGGGAGUGGAACUAAAGCCCCAUAACCCGCCCUCCUCUCCUUUAAAGCCGUAGAAGACUAGGCAACACGAUUAGAGAAGGCGGACCUGGUUUUUCUGGCAUAAGAUGCCUUGACCCUGGCCUUCUUGAGUGGCAGUCGAAGGAAGGUCUCGCUGAGCGACGUUAAGAGUCGAGACCGUGAUUUGGCGUUACGGGUUUAUUUCUUUUCCCUCUAGAACAUUUCAAGCACAAUAAUUGUAUUGAUUUCCGGAAAACAGAUCUUGGACCGAUGUCAGCCAUUCACCCACUGAGUCGGUCACUUCCCAGAGGAAGUUUUUCCGCGGUGACUUCGUGCCUCCACGAGGGGAGAGCUGCAGAAACGGCGGGCUUUUUGGCUGGGAUUCCGCAAUGGCGCUCUCACUAAAGUUUCCGUCUUUUUUUCUCGUCGAGGCCGCCAUCGGCCAAAUCCAAUCCCGUCGGCGUGCGGCGGUAAGCGACCUGGGAUGACUAUUAUUUUAAAACUGCAGGAGCCACAGAGUCUAAGAAGGAAUGGGCCAGGGCCGAGGGGCCCCGUGUUGUGGAAAGUUUCCGGUCGUUGCCAUUUUAGCAGCAGAAUCAUGGGAGAGAGGGGGCACAGAUCGUGAGGGCGACCAGGAGCUGUUGGAACGGCCAAGUUAAAUGUCUGGGAAAGAGGGCUUUUAUUGCUCUGUGAGAUGGUGGUUGGCAAAAAUCCAAGCACAGAUGACCAGCAGAGACCAGGAGUGCCAAGAAUGGUGAGGUGGCGAAGAUAUGCCCACUGCAUAUCGGACCUGGGGGAGGGGGAGAUGUGGGGGGCCUACGUCAAGAGGACGAUUUGGGAGAGCUAGAGGAAGCCUCCCUUGAAUCCCAAGAAGAGGAGGGUACCCAGGCCCAGCCUUCGGAUUAAAACUUUGGACCGGGACCCGCUACAGCGAGGAGAUCUCGACGGCCAGGCCGGACCAUCCUCUUGAAGGGGCUUGAGACACCCGGCCCCACCGGAGCAGAGGCCCACUUGCGGCCUCCUAAGACUGAGACUUGGCAUGGGCCCAGCGGAAGGCCGGAAACCUAGCAUUAAAGCGGCUGUUCGGAUCCUA